GUGACGUAGGGGCCCUGGGGGGGAAGGGUCUGGUUGCGUCAGGACGUGCAGCCGCGGCGCGGGCCGGGCCGGGCCGGGGCCGUUGGUCUCCAUGGAGCGGAGGCUGGCGCAGUUCCGAGCCGCGCGCCGCGCCCCCCAGCCCACAGCGGCCCCGGCAAAGGCGGUGGCGGCUCCAGCUAGCGAGCAGCGAGCAGGGCCGGAGGCCGCCCUCGGCCCGCGGGACCGCCCCGCCCAGGAAGCGGCGCGCAGGCCGGGACCCCCGCGGGACGUGGCUGCCGGUGCUGCCGCCCCCUGGGGCGCCCGGGCUCUCCUGGCCCACACGGCCCUGCUGAAGUUCCUGCUGUGGCUGGUGCUGCUGGGGCUGGCCGCGGAGCUGCAGUUCGGGCUGCCCUGCUUCGUCCUGUCGCUGUUCUACUGGCUCUACGCCGGCACGCGCGGCCCCGGCGAGAGGCGGCCGGGCGAGAGAAGCGCCUACUCCGUCUUCAACCCGGGCUGCCAGCCCAUCCAGGGCACGCUCACCGCGGAGCAGCUGGAGCGAGAGUUACACUACGGACCCGCGGCCGGGAGGUAGCGGCUGGCGCCAGGGACCUGGGGGCGCAGCCUGCCUCGCAGUAGCUGUGGGCGCGCCUCCCGCUCCGGGAGCUGGGGCCACCUCAGGCUGCUUUGCCUGCGCUUCCCCUGUCCUGCCCCUGCUCGCUGCCCUGCCUUAGGCGCACUCCUCAAGCCAGGUGUGAACUGUGUCCUCCUGGCACUUCAAAACCAACAGUGCUUCAUGGACUGAGCGCAUUCGAGUCUAUGGGACAGUGCAGGGAACAUGGACUAUAAUCCACUUGCUUCUCUGUUGCGGGAAAGCUGAAGAUCAAGAGGAAGCUGCAGGCAUGUCCUAUGGGCACCUGGCUGCAACAGCAAAGCAAAUUCCACAGGAAAAAUGCUGAGUGGUAUAUAUUGGGGGAAAAAUUCCAAAUUACAGGACUGCAGAGUCCCCAGGGCCCUGAUUGUAAUGAAUAGGGUAUUUUACACCUCUGAGCUACAUUCAGUUUAUGGUUUCAAGGUUCUUUGUGCCAAAACCAAAUCUGUUUUUUAAAUGAAAGUUGAAAUUUGGGAACACAAGUUUUGCAGCAAGGGGUAAGUUUAGCUGCUGGAGAAUCUCAAACAGUGCCCUCCUUGUCAAUAACAAUAGACAUUUAUUUAGCUCUAGUGAGGCUUUUAAUAGUAUGAUUAAUAACUGUUUCUCCUCGCCUUUAUCACUGUAAUUGCACUUCGGCAGGCUGCUAGUCCUGCCAUUUAUAAAGGGAUGAUGGUGAUAAAUGAGGCAGAGAACUGGAGAUGGUGAGGGAAAGUCAGCUGACUUGGAAUCCAUAAUUUUCUCAUAAUAUUCCUAAUUAUGCAGAUUAAGGAAUAAAUUCUUCAACAGAAGAGGUAUUGAGCCCAGCACCCCACAGGUCCUGUGAACUCCUUUGUAAUGCUGCAUGGAGGAUGGGUUAUAGUCUGCACUCAGCCAAGUUAAGUUUACAGCCUGUACUGUAAGGUUUGAUUUUCCAUCUUCUUACUUAAUCCUUAUGGAAAUGUGAUUUAUUAUAAAAUAAUUAUCCUGCUUUAGAAUCCAGUCCAAGAGUUACUUCCGGUUUCAAAGUAAAAUGUAGGCUUCAGGAGAUGAAAAAUAAUCAUUAGAGCUUCAAACUCUGCCAAGACUGCCUACUUAAUGAGCAGUGAUCUCUUUAUAGUUAUUGAGCUGUUCACAGCUGUAGAUGGGUGAGAUCUAAUACAAGAAAAAAUACAAUGCUAUUUUGUCCUGGUUAUUGAAUAUGUAUAAUUAACUCCCAUUCCAAGAAAUCAUUUUGGUUUCUGGCUGGACAGACAACUUUUAUCAUCAUUGGGUAUUCAACUUGAAUUGUUGGAGGUUCUUGCCUCUGGCAGAUGCUAUACUUUAAACUGUGAGAGGUUUCUCUAGUACAAGUCUCCAUGGAAGGGUUUACUCCAAUAAUUUGUGCCAUGGCUUUUCAAUACUGACUAAUGUUGUUAGGUUUUCCUCAAAUGUAUUGUAUCAUGAUGGGACCAUACCCAUAAAAAAAAAUCAAAUGUU